CAGGGGAGAAUGCAGAAACGAGGACAUGAAGAUGGUGGAAUGUAAAGCGAAUGAAGGACAUUGUCUUACACUUUCCUUUCGCAGCACUAUGAACACUCCUACGCUGUCCUUGGCUUUCAAAGGCUGUGCAAGAACUGACCAAUGUGCCAAAGGUUAUUAUAGCGGCACAUCGCUAGCCGACAAGCACAAGCAGACAAGAGUAGCGUGUUGUGAGAGUGACGGCUGUAAUUCGGGACCUCUUCCUAUACCACGGCAUAACGACCUGAAACCGAAUGGAUUGACUUGUCCGGGCGUUUAUGAAGAAAAUGGCUCCUCUAUAGAAAAUGGAACCGUCUUGUGUCUCGGCAAUGAGGUCCAAUGUUACAAUGCGAAACUCCGAAUGCAUGCAUUGGCAGCAUUCCCUGUAACAAUCAAUGUCAAAGGAUGUGCAACCCAGAAUGUUUGUACUUACCCAAAAGGAGAAACGGAAACGGGGAAUGGAUUACUUCGUUUCAAUAUUGAAAAAAUGGAAUGCCAGAAUCCUCAGGGAAUGGAAGGAUGGAAUGCCUUUUCAAAAACAUUGGGGUGGGGAUGGAAUUAAGGGCUUAAUCCAAAGAACCAUAAGAAUUUGGGAUCAAAGACACUCAGAUUCGAGAUUACACUUGGUGAUUUGAGUUGAUGAUGGGUGUUGAUGGGGUUUAAUUACUACGCUUGGAUUUUCCAGCUCACUGUGAGAAUCUUUCUUAACUUUCAACCGCCAUUAAGCUAGCAUCAAGUGAGUAAAAAUUCCCUGAACAGCAGUGGCAAUACCUUUUAAAGCUUAUUUUCUUACAGCCACGAAAAAGAAGGGUGAGGUGGGGCUUCUUUUUGCCUCUAUCCCUUCUCCUUUGAAAUGUCCAAUCAUGACUGCAUUCACACAACAGGCUUAAUCAGGUCUGUUACAAACUUAAAUCAGUGUUCUCAUAUGUGUAAUUGGUGUUUAAAUAGGGCUAGGUGGCCUACA